CCGGCAGCCGGAGCGCAGACGUACAAGUCCAGAGGAAGCAAGACAGUCAGGAGAAGAGGAGGAGGAAGGGAGGAGGAGGAGGGCUGGUCGAGCACAACUGCCUGCCUUCAGCUCACUCAGCGAGCUGCAAGCAUGGCCGGCGACAGCGAGACGCGCCUGGAGGAGCAGGGCAAAAACAGGAACGGGAUCCGGCAGCCUUUCCUCAUCGGCGUGGCCGGCGGCACUGCCAGCGGCAAGUCUUCUGUCUGUGGGAAGAUCAUGGAGCUGCUGGGACAGAAUGAGAUUGACCAUCACAAUCGCCAGGUGGUCAUCCUCAGCCAGGACAGCUUCUACCGGGUGCUGACUCCAGAGCAGAAGUCCAAGGCGCUAAAGGGCCAAUUCAACUUUGACCAUCCAGAUGCUUUUGACAAUGAGCUAAUCAUCAAGACCCUGUGGGACAUAAUGGAGGGGAAGACCGUCCAGAUUCCAGUGUAUGACUUUGUCACUCAUUCCAGGAAGGAGGAGAGUGUGACGGUUUACCCGGCCGAUGUGGUACUCUUUGAGGGCAUCCUAAUGUUCUACUCACAGGAGAUCAGAGACGUGUUUCAGAUGAAGUUGUUUGUGGACACGGAUGCAGACACACGGCUGUCCCGCAGAGUGCUGAGGGACAUCAGCGAGCGUGGCCGUGACCUGGAGCAGGUCCUCGCACAGUACAUCACGUUCGUCAAGCCGGCCUUCGAGGAGUUCUGCCUGCCUACGAAGAAGUAUGCCGAUGUUAUCAUUCCUCGAGGAGCCGAUAACCUUGUCGCUAUAAACCUGAUUGUGCAGCACAUCCAGGACAUCCUCAACGGCGGGCUGACGAAGCGGCAGAAUGGCUGCAUGAACGGCUUCAGCACGCCCCGCAAGCGGCAGGCCUCCGAGUCCAGCAGCAGGCCUCACUGACCCCAGCUGGCCUCUCCGCAGCGACCCAGCGAGAGAGAGAGAGAGAGAGAGAGACGGGGGUGGGGGCCGCUUAGCUGUACAUACUGCCAGUCAGCCACACUGUAUUUAAAGUGAGAAGAUGCAAAAACUAAAAGAGCCUUUAACUUUUCCCAUUUUUAAAAUUUAAGUUGAAUUACAUAUUUGGGGGGGUGUAGUAUUGCAGGUUAGUCACUCCUUUAUUUAAAUUUUUUUUUCCCCCUUUUUUUUAAUAGCCCCAACCCUGUCUUUACACUCCCUGAAGUGAAUAAAAUAAAGGAGGAAGAAAGCUAGUCAAUUCAGGGCGGAGCUUGGGCCACUCCAAGUGGCUGGUUCAUGUUUUUCGUUUUUACUUCCUCUCCUCACUCCUCUUUUUUUUCAUCUUUUGUUUUUUCUUUGUUAGGUUUGCUGUUGGAGAAAAAAAAAACUCAGAUCCUUAUUGUUAGAGGCUGGGGUGAGCGGACAAUGUUAAUGACAUGAAGCUUUAGCCAGAACUCAGGACACCAGAGAAUAUUUAAAAACGUCUUAUGCACAAAUACUAAUGCAAUCCACAUCCCUCUCCCUCUGUGCCAUUUUCACUAGCAUUGAUGUGUCUGACUGGGCCUUGGUGAACAUUCCCCCGCACUUCACCCAAAAUGCUGUGUUUCUGCUUCUAUAUGGAUAUGGGAAGGGAGGGGCGGGAAUUGAAAAUGAUUGGUUGUGGCUGGGGGGCGGCAAGUCUGCUGGCGCC